AUGGCAGUUUUGAGCUUUUCCAACAUUCUGCUUCUGGUUGGGGCCUACAUCGCCUGGAACAUCUUGUAUCAAAUUGUUUAUUACAGAUGUUUUCAUCCUCUGGCCAAGUUUCCCGGCCCAUUUUGGGGCUCAGUUACAAGGCUAUGGAUUACUUAUCACAAUAUUAAAGAAGAUGAAUGUGAAGUGAACCAGGCUCUGCACAAGAAGUAUGGACCUGUCAUCCGUAUCACGCCUACGAUGCUCCUCGUGAGCGACCCGACCAAGUUACCGGAAAUAUAUCACCGCAACGCCAACAAAUCCCAGCACUACGUUACGGGCAGUUUCGGUGAAAUAGAGUCGCUUUUUAAUAUGCAGGAUCACACAACACACGCACGCUUUCGGAAAAUUGCAGCAGCUCCCUAUGCCUUUUCCAAUAUCCGAAAGAUGGAGCCCUUGCUCGAUCACCACAUAAAGAAAUGGAUAGCGAAGCUUGACAACAACUUCGCCAACACCGGGAAGAGCCUCGAUUUCGCACCGUGGGCAGUCUAUUUGGCUUACGACAUUGUCUCUGAUGUUGGGUUUGGGCAAGCAUUUGGGUUUAUCGAUGAGGAAAAAGACGUUGCGGGGCUCAUCCAGGGGUUCCAUGACGGUCUUCUUCCUUUUGGUAUCAUGGCCCGAUGCUGGCCAUUUACAACUUGGAUCAAGAGCACUUUUCUUGCAAAGUACCUGGUAGCAUCACCGGAGCAAGACUCCGGGAUUGGUACGUUGAUGCGAUUUCGAGAUCGCCUUAUUGCCCAGAGGUUGAGGGACAUAGAAGAGGGAACCACCAAGGGUCGAGUAGACUUUCUCCAGACGUUUCUCGAUGCGCGGGAUGAAAAAGGGGACGCCCUUGAUUUGGAGUAUAUCAAGGCCGAAAUCUUGCUCGUCCUCCUUGCUGGUGCCGACACCACCGGCACUAUUUUCCAAGCUUUCAUGAUGUUUAUGAUGACCCACCCAGAGGCUUAUAACCGUCUAAUGGCCGAGAUCAAUGAAAAGACUCAAGACGGCAGUCUGUCCGAAAUACCUCAAUAUGCGGAAGUACAACAACAUUGCCCGUAUUAUAUGGCUUGCAUCCAUGAGACCAUGCGACUGAAUCCACCAGCCCCUAGCAUGAUACCGCGAUCGGUCGGAAAAGAAGGGAUGCAACUAUAUGGGCAGCAUGUUCCUGAAGGCAUGGAGGUAGCUUCCAGCGGGUGGGUAAUCCAUCGUGAUGAGGCUAUUUUCGGGUCUCAACCUGAAGAAUUCCGACCCGAGCGCUGGUUGGAGAGUGAGGAAAAGAAGAAGGACAUGUUGAAAUACAGCAUGGUCUUUGGAUACGGGGCAAGAGUUUGCUUGGGGCGCGAUCUGGCAAUGAUGGAACUGUCAAAAGGCCUCAUACAAUUCUUUAGAACAUUCAGUCCCAAGGUAUUGAACAAAGAACAACCAGGAAAGCGCAGAAUAAAGGGUGGGAUUUGCUUCUUUGAAGACAUGUGGCUCACUAUUGAACGGCGGUCGAGAUCGGUCUGA